AUGGUAUGCGAGGGAAAGCGAUCAGCUUCUUGCCCUUGUUUCUUCCUCUUGACCGCCAAGUUCUACUGGAUCCUCACAAUGAUGCAAAGAACUCACAGCCAGGAGUAUGCUCAUUCCAUACGAAUGGAUGGCGACAUCAUUUUGGGGGGUCUCUUCCCUGUCCAUGCGAAGGGAGAGAGAGGAGUACCUUGUGGGGAGCUGAAGAAGGAGAAGGGGAUCCACAGACUGGAAGCCAUGCUUUAUGCAAUCGACCAGAUUAAUAAGGACCCUGAUCUCCUCUCCAAUAUCACUCUGGGUGUCCGGAUCCUUGACACUUGCUCCAGGGACACCUAUGCUUUGGAGCAGUCGUUAACGUUCGUGCAGGCAUUGAUAGAGAAAGAUGCUUCUGAUGUGAAGUGUGCUAAUGGAGAUCCACCCAUUUUCACCAAGCCUGACAAGAUUUCUGGUGUCAUAGGUGCUGCAGCAAGCUCCGUGUCCAUCAUGGUUGCUAACAUUUUAAGACUUUUUAAGAUACCUCAAAUCAGCUAUGCAUCCACAGCCCCAGAGCUAAGUGAUAACACCAGGUAUGACUUCUUCUCUCGGGUAGUCCCACCAGAUUCCUACCAAGCGCAAGCCAUGGUGGACAUUGUCACGGCACUGGGGUGGAAUUAUGUGUCAACACUGGCUUCUGAGGGCAACUAUGGAGAGAGUGGUGUGGAGGCCUUCACUCAGAUAUCAAGGGAGAUUGGUGGUGUUUGCAUUGCUCAAUCACAGAAAAUCCCACGUGAACCAAGACCUGGAGAAUUUGAAAAAAUUAUCAAACGCCUGCUAGAAACACCUAAUGCUCGGGCGGUGAUUAUGUUUGCCAAUGAAGAUGACAUCAGGAGGAUAUUGGAAGCAGCAAAGAAAUUAAACCAAAGUGGUCAUUUUCUCUGGAUUGGCUCAGAUAGUUGGGGAUCCAAAAUAGCACCUGUUUAUCAACAGGAGAAGAUUGCAGAAGGGGCUGUAACGAUUUUGCCCAAAAGAGCAUCAAUUGAUGGGUUUGAUCGCUAUUUUAGAAGCCGAACUCUUGCCAAUAAUCGAAGAAAUGUGUGGUUUGCAGAAUUUUGGGAGGAGAAUUUUGGAUGCAAGUUAGGAUCACAUGGAAAGAGGAACAGUCAUAUAAAGAAAUGCACAGGGCUGGAACGAAUUGCAAGGGAUUCAUCUUAUGAACAGGAAGGAAAGGUCCAGUUUGUAAUUGAUGCAGUAUAUUCUAUGGCUUAUGCUCUGCACAGUAUGCACAAAGAUCUCUGCCCUGGAUACAUCGGCCUCUGCCCACGAAUGAGUGCCAUUGAUGGGAAAGAGCUUCUUGGUUAUAUUCGGGCUGUAAAUUUUAAUGGUAGUGCUGGGACACCUGUCACUUUUAAUGAAAAUGGAGAUGCUCCUGGACGUUAUGAUAUCUUUCAGUAUCAAAUAACCAACAAAAGUGCAGAAUAUAAAAUCAUCGGGCACUGGACCAAUCAGCUUCAUCUAAAAGUGGAAGACAUGCAGUGGGCUAAUAGAGAACACACUCACCCAGCGUCUGUCUGCAGCCUGCCCUGUAAGCCUGGGGAGAGGAAGAAAACAGUGAAAGGAGUCCCUUGCUGCUGGCACUGUGAGCGCUGUGAAGGUUACAACUACCAGGUGGAUGAGCUCUCCUGCGAACUUUGCCCUUUGGAUCAGAGACCAAACAUCAACCGCACAGGCUGCCAGCUUAUCCCCAUCAUCAAACUAGAAUGGCAUUCUCCUUGGGCUGUAGUGCCUGUAUUCAUUGCAAUAUUGGGAAUCAUUGCCACCACCUUUGUGAUCGUGACCUUUGUCCGCUAUAAUGACACACCUAUUGUAAGGGCUUCAGGACGAGAACUUAGUUAUGUGCUCCUAACAGGGAUUUUUCUCUGUUAUUCAAUCACCUUUUUAAUGAUUGCAGCACCAGAUACAAUCAUAUGUUCCUUCCGCCGGAUCUUUCUGGGACUUGGCAUGUGUUUCAGCUAUGCAGCCCUUCUUACCAAAACAAACAGAAUCCACCGGAUAUUUGAACAAGGGAAGAAAUCAGUCACAGCACCCAAGUUCAUUAGUCCAGCAUCCCAGCUGGUGAUCACUUUCAGCCUCAUCUCUGUCCAGCUCCUGGGCGUGUGCGUCUGGUUUGUUGUAGACCCUCCCCACAUCAUCAUUGACUAUGGAGAACAGCGGACUCUAGACCCAGAGAAUGCCAGGGGAGUUCUCAAGUGUGACAUUUCUGAUCUGUCGCUCAUUUGUUCACUGGGGUACAGUAUCCUCUUGAUGGUCACAUGUACUGUUUAUGCCAUUAAAACGAGAGGUGUCCCAGAGACUUUCAAUGAAGCCAAACCUAUUGGAUUUACCAUGUAUACCACCUGCAUCAUUUGGUUAGCUUUCAUUCCUAUCUUUUUUGGUACAGCACAGUCAGCAGAAAAGAUGUACAUCCAGACAACAACACUUACUGUCUCCAUGAGUUUAAGUGCUUCGGUGUCUCUAGGCAUGCUGUAUAUGCCCAAGGUUUAUAUUAUAAUUUUUCAUCCAGAGCAGAAUGUUCAAAAACGCAAGAGGAGCUUCAAGGCUGUGGUGACAGCUGCCACCAUGCAAAGCAAACUGAUCCAAAAAGGAAAUGACAGACCAAAUGGAGAGGUGAAAAGUGAACUCUGUGAGAGUCUUGAAACCAACACUUCCUCUACUAAGACAACAUAUAUCAGCUACAGCAAUCAUUCAAUCUGAAACAGGGAAAUGGUAUAACGUGAAGAAAUCUGGUAUGUGAUGUUAAACAAUAAACAUGACACCGCCAAAACUCACUCCUGGAGAUCUCUGUAGACUACAAUCAAUCAAAUCAAUAGUCAAUCUUGUAAGGAACACAAAGUAGCCAUGAGCCAAAAGUAUCAAAAACAGAGUGAAAAAAAAAACAUUUUAUACAGUACAACCAAUGAGUGUCAAGCUAAAGUAUUGCUUACCCAUAAGCAGUUAAAAAAAAUCACAAAAGGAAAACUAAUGUUAGCUUGUGAAAAAAAAAUGCUGUUGAAAUAAACCGUGUCUGAUGUUAUUCUUGUAAGUAUUUUUCUGUGAUUGUGAGAACUCCCGUUCCUGUCCCACCUUGUUCAACUUGUAUAAGACAAUGAAUCUGUUUCUUGUAAUGGCUGACCGGAUUGAAGCCUUGGGUUGUGCUAAAAAUAAAUGCAAUG